UGACAGGAGAGGAGGAGGAGGAGGAGGCGGGGGGGGGGGGGAGAAAGCCAGUGAGUGAGAGAGAGAGUGAGUGAGGGAGGGAGCGCGAGGAAAAGGGCACAGUGAAAGGGUGAGAUAAGCAGCGCCGAGCAGCAUCUCUUGAGCACAUUCAGCUCACAGCAGCUCAGGAGGCAGGACGGCAGAGUAGAGGGGGGAGAACACCUUGCACCUCACCAAAGGGGGCGACACCACACCUCUCUCUCUCUCAGACACACACUCUUGCACGUCACACACACACAUUUGUGAGGAGGCGUGAGGCUCAGGGGGAGGAACACCACACCACACGCACGCUGUUUUACUGGCUUAGCUGUGCUUUGGAGAGCUGUCUCUUGAAGACUGGACCAGAGCUGUUUCCAUCCUGCUUCAUCCAUCCUUUCCUUCCUUCCUGCUUUACCAUUCCUAGAGCUCAGAAGCGUCUCUCCUGUCGGCCAACCCCUUCGAUCAUUCGGACUGAUUUGCUCUCUCUGUCAUUCAUCUAACCUCUGAUCGGCGCAUCUCUCUCUCUCUGUAACCAUCUCUGCCUGUCUGUGCUUUCACUCUAUUCAGCCGAGAGACCAAGAGACACACUGAAAGAGCAACUAAUCCGACUGACUGAGAGACCGACCGUUCGACCGUGAUCAUGAACUUCCUCCGACGCCGUCUCUCGGACAGCAGCUUCAUGUCCAACCUGCCCAACGGCUACAUGUCAGACCUCCAGAGGUCGGACCCGGCUGCUCCUCCUCCCCCCACCGCCACCUCCACCUCCCAUCAAGGUGGCCCCUCAGCCGUGGCCCCGGCCCCUGCCCUGUCCCCGACCAAAGCUCCGGCCCCGUCCCAGGCUCCCGCCAGCUCCCCCGCCGCUCAGGAGCGGCGUGCGAACCCGCUGGCUCAGCCACCGCCUCAACAGGCCCCGUCCUCCUCCUCCUCCUUCUCCUCUGGUGGCUCCUCUGGCUUCUUCAGCUCCUUCAGCUCCAUCACUAACGUGGUCAAACAGACCGCCGCAACAGCCGCCGUGUUCGUGGAGCAGACGGCGUCCUCUCCCUCGCUCUCCAAGAAGUUCAAGAUCCUGUUGGUCAUCGAUGAGCCCCAGCACGAGUGGGCCAAAGUGUUUCGGGGAAAGAAGGUCCUUGGAGACUAUGACAUCAAAGUUGAGCAGGCUGAGUUCUCAGAGGUGAACCUCAUCUCACAUUCAAAUGGAAACUGUAACGUGGACAUGCAGGUCAUCAGGAGCGGGACCAAAGUGGGCAGGUCUUUCAGGCCCGACUUCGUCUUGGUGCGCCAGCACGCCUUCAGCAUGGCCCAGAACGAGGAUUUUAGGAACUUGAUCAUCGGUCUGCAGUAUGCGGGCGUCCCCUCAGUCAACUCUCUGGACUCCAUCUACAACCUCUGCGACAAACCUUGGGCUUUUUCCCAGCUGAUCAGUAAUCAGAAGAAGUUAGGUUCAGAUAAGAUCCCUCUCAUUGAUCAGACGUUCUACCCCAACUACAGAGACAUGAUUACAUCACCGAGUUUCCCAGUGGUGGUGAAGAUUGGACACGCCCACUCUGGAAUGGGAAAGGUCAAGGUGGACAAUGUGAGUGACUUCCAGGACAUUGCAAGUGUGGUGGCCAUCACUCAGACCUACUGCACCACAGAGCCAUUUAUAGACGCAAAGUACGACAUCAGGGUCCAGAAAAUCGGAGUUGACUACAAAGCAUACAUGCGAACAUCCAUCUCUGGUAAUUGGAAGAGCAACACCGGAUCAGCCAUGUUGGAACAAGUAGCCAUGACUGACAAGUAUAAGCUGUGGGUUGAUACCUGCUCAGAAAUCUGCGGAGGACUGGAUAUCUGUGCUGUCAAAGCCAUCUGUGGCAAGGAUGGUAAUGACUACAUCACUGAGGUUGUGGGUUCAUCUAUGCAGCUGAUUGGUGAUCACCAGGCAGAGGACCGCCAGCUCAUCUCAGAGGUGGUGCUGGCUAAGAUGAGCCAAGCUCUGGCUACCAGGUCAUCUAGUGCUUCCCGCUCACCUGCCCGCUCCCCUCAAGGCCAGAAGCCAACGACUGUGCAGCCCCAACAGGGUGCUGCCCUUAAGGAAGGACUGUCAGAUCCAAACAGGACCUCCGGCCAGCGCCCUCAACCUCAAGGUGCCCCAGUGAAAUCACAGAGUGUGGAGUCAAGAUCAGAAUCAGCUAAGAGAGCAUCUGAACCGGUACCAAAGCCCGGCCAGGCCCAAAAACCUGGUCCAGGUCCAGCUCAGACUCAGAAGGGCCCAGUCCAGAGGGCCGCCUCAGUCACAAGGCCUCCAGUGCCGAGGCUCCCCCCCCCAAUGCUGAGAGGCACAUCAGUCGCAAAGUCAGCCCCAGAUUCUGCUUCCACCCCAGCCAAAGCUUCACCAUCAUCCCCAGCGAAAGCAGCAGCAGCUGCAGCUCCAGGCUCUCCCCCAACCAAAGCAGCAGCAGCCACAGCUCCAGCCUCAGCUCCAGUCCCAGCUUCUCCCUCAGCCUCAGCUCCUACCACAGAGCAGCCCAAGCCCCAGCCUCAGGGCUCCCCAACCCCAGCUCCUGGCAAACCAAAAGAGCUGCCCCCCAAACCCGCACCACCUGCAAAGCCCAUCCCUCCGCUACGCAGGAAUUCAAAGCCGCAGCUCCAGCCAAAGCCACAAACCCCUCCUCCUCCCCUCAAAGCUUCACCCAAACCCCAGCCCGCUCAGGCCUCAGAUACUGCCUCGGCCCCAGCACAGGUUCAGUCCCCAGCCAAAGUCAGCCAGUCCCCGCCCAAUGUCCAGUCUCCAGCUAAGGCUCAGCCCCAGGCCAAGCCGGCCUCUCCCCUCCAAAGCCCUGAGCAUGUUCCGGCUGAAGCUGCCGCGGCCCCCGCUGAGGGAGAGGCCCCUGAGGAAGAACAGCCAGGAUCCCAGCAAAAGGCCCAUCCUCUGCUGAAUAAGUCCCAGUCCCUGACCAAUGCCUUCAACGCCUUCAGCGACUCCUCUUUCUUCCGCGGGGUCUCAAGCACCGGAGGCGACGGCCAAGACGAGGAGAAAGCCGAGACCAUUCGCAACCUCCGAAAGUCCUUCGCCAGCCUUUUCUCUGACUAGACACAGGCUAACCGUAGUCAGCCCCUUAUUGAUUAUGCCCCCCCCCCCCCUUUUACCGUUGGCCAGUGAUGACUUGAUUGACAUUAAGUGUGAACCAGUCUGAGAUUAAACUUUGUGUGUUAACUGUACUGCAUUCCCUCCGUCCCCGUCCCUCCUCUCCUCCAUCCUCAGCUUCUCUGUGUGAGUAACGGUGAGGCCUCCUGGGUAGGAUGUUCAGUGAAUGAAGCUGUGCCAGAAUAUUUGGACUGAAGGAGUUACGUCAUUGAUAUCGACCAUACAGCAGAUUAGAGAAGAAUAGAAUAGAAUAUCAAGAUAUUUAUUUUUCCCAGAGCACACUUUAAUGAACUCUUUAUGAAGUAUAUAAAAGUAGAAUAUUCAAGACUUUAGAUGUAAUGUACAUUCAGUAUAUAUAUACGUAUAUAUAUAUAUACAUAUACAGUAUAUGAAUACAAACAUAUAACUAUAAAGGGACAUAAGCCAAUGAUAAAACAAAGUCGAGUAGCACUUUCCAAUCCACCUUUGUCAGUGACAUAACUCUUUCAUUCAGUGGCUGGAUUUAUACAUAUUUUUAAAAAAUAGUCGGAUAUUUGACAUUUGAUGGUUUCCCCUACAGUGAAUCAAUUUUGGUCAGUAAGUGAAACUACGUGCGUAAAGAAAACUACUUCUUUAAGGAUUUGUUCCUGUGUAAAUCCAGCUGUUGUGUCUCUGGUCCUUGGCUACGGACUACUGGGCUCGUCAGUGCUGCCCCCUUUCUUGUCUACAAGCCUUGAAGUUCAUUGUCGUGUGAGGGAGUCGGAAAUACGUGUAUGUUCAUCUGUGUUCAAUUGUUAUGCAUGGCUCCUCCAAGUGGUUCGGUGUGACUUUUGGAGAAGAAGGGAGCUCUAUCAGUGUUGAGUUUCGCACUCCGUCGCCUUUCUCUCUCUCUCUCUCUCUCUCUCUCUCUCUCUCUCUCUCUCUCUCUCGAUAGAUGUUGUAGCCUUAUUGUGAACAUGUUUUCAAUUCAGCUACAUGUUAGCUGUGCAGACCUGGGUCGAUUACCUCUGGAAAUUCAUUCAUUUACGUUAAGGGUUUGAUUAAGUCGGGCAAGGAUUGCAACUGUUGUUAGCAGCUUUGGGAUCAGGCCGAUUGUGCCCCACACUGAAUAAAUCAAUCCUAAAUAGUAACUGAAUGCUUUUCAAAGAGUAAAAAGAUUCAUGUCUGUAGCUGUGACUGGUGAUUUAUUGUUUCACCUCUGUGUAGAUCUUUCAACAGUAUUGUAAUUUGUUGAUUAUUCUCAUGAAAAGACAUUGAGACAGUAGUGCAAUAACACCUCGACAUGACUGUUGAGCGCUGUCACCCUAUUAUAGAUAUAAAUAUGACCGUACAUACAGGACCUGUGUAUCUGUUAAAUACCUAACUCUUACAUUCCCUUUAAGAUUUCUUUCAGUCGCAACUUUCCAGGUUGCUUUCUGCUGCAGUCAGACGCUGGGCUCCAGAUUAAUAUGCCAUUUUAAACUGUUGGUUUCUGUGAUUGAUCCUGUUUGUGUUGUGGGACUGAAUUUAAGGCAACCUGGAAUGAACCCAGUACCUUGGCUGGUGAUAUUCAGUUGAGCUGCUGCAUUUCAAGUUCAUACGUGUAAGAAAAAGAAAUAAAAAUCUCAACACCGCAUCAAGCUGUCUGCUUAUACAUUUCCAGUACUAUGUUGCAAGUAAACUAUAACAUAUUGUAUUUUGUAUUUAUGUAAUUGUCAUCUCAGGAGUUUAUUUUUUGUAAUAUAUUGAUUGAUUUUUUUUUUUGUUUGUUGACGCUCCAUAUUUAUGGUAGCCUACAGUAUAUAUUGUUUGUUUUGCAUUGUGUUUUUAUUUGUAGCUCAAUACUGCUUUGCAUGAUCUGGUGACUGAUGACGGUUUUUUUCUGUACAGAUAAAUAAUAAAGAUGUGGUUCCAUCAUUCCACUUAUUCACGAAGUAA